AUGACGUCUACACCCGUGAGCUUGUUUAUCGACGGUUGGAUGAUACAAGGAGAAAUUGUACCUAGCCCAGAGGACCACGCCACUCCAUUUGAAGACCGUUUUACGGAAUUUUGUGGCAGACCCGAGGAGCGAUACAUAGCUUCACAAAACGUGGCUCAGCUCUAUUACCGAAUCACAAAACCAGGCAGCGGGUUUAAAGUGUCCUACCGUGCAAGGAAGGUCAAACAUCCCUGUAAUGCCGUGGCUAUGAACUCAAAUGGAGAACAUUCUUUGAGCAAUUAUGGUAACCAGGGUAACUGCACUUUCUCUAUCUUGUACUCGUCCCGAAUUUUCAUCCACGACGUCGACAUUGGAGUCCACGAUGGCAAUGACUACAAUACGUGCAUCCAGGGCAACGACUAUGCACAGUUUUUGAAGACAAGUGUUCUGACCUCGGCAGACACUCAAAUUGUUACGGAGAUGUGUGGCAAGUCUGGAUUCAAGGUCAAUGCCAAGGGUGACAUGGAAAUGAAAUGGAGUACUCGGUGUGACGCUGGCCAAGCUGUACUGCCGUCUACCUAUGAGUCCAAUGGUGGACCCCCCGCAGACAUAAAACGAUCCUUGGACGAGGCGUUUUUGGAAGCCAUUUCCGAACCCUCCACUGCGCAGUGUAGCCAUGUUGCUCAGAUGAAUGUGCCUUUGAACUGCCUGCAUUCAGUGGUGAGACUUGUCUCCAGUGGUAACUAUGACAACCACAUCAGUUUCAAGUAUGUCCGUUAUGAAGGCAAAGAAGAUGGAGAAUGUUUCUCCUAG